AUGCUCGAAGAGUUAAAAGAGAGUAACAAGCAGCAAUCCCCUAACGGUGAAAACCUGCCAUUUUAUAAACGCUAUGGUCUUUGCAACAUCAAAAAGUAUCCUACACUACAGGAAAAUGGUUACCACCGAUUGGCUCAACCUUCUGCGGGCAGGGAAGAUGCAGGGGCAAGGGGGUUUCAAAGGACAGGACAGGGCAAGUAG